UUGAAAAGCCUUUCAAAUAAGCAGGAAUUACUUUUUACUUCAUAGGCACUUUAACAAGCCUUCCAACCAUGGCUGGUAAUCAAUAGUACAUUUGGUUUUCACUGGCUAAUGCUCAAUCUGACCGGUCAUUUUGUUCUGAAAUUGGUCAUAAAAUUAGUGACACAAUAAAUUUAACUGAGAACAACAGUUUUGUUGUACUUUUAUCAUGAGAAAUACAGGCCAAAACAUGACAACAAAGUCUCUCUCCAUCCCCAAAACAGCCAAAGACGACCAUGUUGAAAAUCACUGUAUAAUGCAUUGCGAACUUAGUAUUGAAUUAAGGUACAUCAUGUAUGCCAAUGGAUCUCUGUUAAUACCUUGCUGACAACAAAUAUUUUCAGAAAUCAGUGGUCAGACAGGGAAAUGAUACUGUUGACUUUAUAACUUUUCAUUAUGUAAAGGCAGAAAAAUUAUAUAAUCAUUUAGUAUCUGUUAUAAUUUAAAAUGCUAUGCAAAGGAAAGUACAUGUCAGUGUGGCCAAAUUCAAACUUACAUUUUUGUUUGUUUUCAGUUUCAGUUUCCAUUUCAUGAUUUGUACAAUGAAUUUUGUUUCGUUCAAAUUAUCAAAUAGAAUGGCAUCUAUGCCAACUUUCCCAGGUUAUCCGGGUAUCUCCUGGAUACAGGCUGAAUCUCCUGGUCUCUCAUGCAUGUCACCUCCCCUGAAUUUGAAGAAAAGCGAUUUUGUGGCUGAAUUGGAAGAGCUCUGCUUUCAACAACAUUUUUUAGGGUCAGGAAGGUCAAAUUGGUGAUUUUGCUGAUUUAAUUUUUUUUGAGGUUGGCAUCUCUGAAAUGGCAAAACUCAAAAACAAAAGCAACAGUAUAAAUUGGUAAAAAACAGAAGCAGUGCUUGCAUUUAUAUACCAAUUAUUGACUUUUAUUUAUUUUGUUCAAAUUACAACUUAAAUAAUAUUCUUCCUCAGUCAUGACCUGAUCACUUUGCUGAAUGCUUGAUUCUAAAAAAUUGAUUGAUAUUAGUUUCUCAAGGAGAAUCUUAACAGAGAGAAGGGGGAUGCCCCCUGGGUCCCUCCACUAAAUUUCCCAAGUCACUUGGUAUUUUGGAAAACCAGUUGCUGAGGAGAGGUGGUCGCUUACGAGAGGUGGUUGCAACCUGAGAGGUUCGACUGUAUUAUGAUCAAUAUCUCGCUGUAUAUAUCAACAUGGGUCAGAUCAGGGCGUCAGGCCAGAUGGAAUUAAUUCUUAAUAAUACCGCAAGUGUAAGGCUUGUAUUCUGUUUACUUUACAUUUUAUUUAAAGCAUGAGGUACAGUACAAGCGUCACACUACCAGCGUACUUGCCUCAAUGAGAGCAAGUGAACAAAUCACCCAGAACUGAGACCAAAAGGGUGUUUUGGUAUUGUCGUUCUGUCCAAAUUUUGACAUCAUCUGUGCAUAUUUGUAACUGAGUAGACAACAACAACAUAAAGUCUAACUGAGCGUUCUCAGUAGCAGGCAGUGACAGGCAGAUUUCCACCUACUGUCGAGAAAAAUGUAGCUGUUAAUUCUAGUUGGAAAGCACAGUGGGAAGGUUUCAUUUAUGUAGCUUGUCCUAUGUACCAAAGAAAUGCAGUUGCUUGUUACAUAUUGCUUGUCACCUGGAAAUUGUGUAACUGACCCUAAACAUUUUGAUAUUUAAGGUGAGCCAGAAACAUGGAAUAGUGUUCCUCAUCACCAAGUAUGGAUAUAUCCAUCUGUAUGAUGUAGAGAGUGGAUCCUGCAUUUACAUGAACCGAAUCAGUGGAGAUACAAUCUUUGUGACAGCACCUCAUGAACCUACCGAUGGUAUUAUUGGUGUAAACAGAAAGGGACAGGUGUUGUCAGUGAGCGUCGAGGAGGAUAACAUCAUUCCAUACAUCACCAAUGUGCUCCAAAAUCCUGACUUGGCUCUUCGUCUGGCUGUGAGAAACAAUUUGGCUGGGGCAGAGGAACUCUUUGUGAGAAAGUUUAACACCUUGUUCAACAACAUGCAGUAUGCUGAGGCAGCAAAGGUUGCAGCUAAUGCACCAAAGGGCGUUCUACGAACACCGCAGACAAUCCAGAGGUUUCAGCAGGUACCAUCUCAGCAAGGUCAAACAUCUCCCUUGUUGCAAUAUUUUGGCAUUUUAUUAGACCAGGGUAAACUCAACAAGUUUGAGUCACUGGAGCUCUGCAAACCUGUUUUACAGCAAGGAAGGAAACAGCUUCUUGAGAAGUGGCUUAAGGAGGAAAAGGUAUUGGAUAAUAACCCUUAUUAUCGACAUACUUCCUUUAAUGUGGCUAAAUGUAAUUUAGGCAAAGUACAUCUCAAUCCAAUGUGGCCAGCAGUGACUCCAUUUGUAUAUGUGAUCUGUAAGGUGACCUCAAUAGCUUGCAGCUCGCCUCGUGGCCCAUUUACAUUUUGUCGCAUUGCAGCUGAUCUUCGUGGAUCAUUUACGUAGUCAGCUAAUCUUUGCGGAUCUCUAGCUGCAGUUUGUCAAGAAAGUCCUAAUUUCUGCGUAUCAUACAUGUGGAGUCUUGCUCCCAGCCCUCCCACCCUUGCAUUUCAUGGGUUAAGGUAAGUAGAGGGUUACAGUACAUAGGUAAGUAUUUUUCCACUGAACUCCUUUCAGUGUGAUGGUACCAGGUGGCAGUUGCCUGUAGGGGUGGUUCCCGCUCCAGGGUUGUCACGGAUACCUCCCUGCUGUGCCUGAAGUAUUCAGGCCCCCUACCAACCUAUAAGGCAUCAGUUCCCAAGCUUAUCUAUUGGUGACGAGUUUAAAUGUAAGUUUAAUGUAAAAUUUAGUGUUACUGGCAUAUAGCUAGAAAAUCUACAUGUAAGAAUAAUGUGAACUGCAGUUGUAGAUGAAAGUGAAGAAUGAUCAUCCCAGUAAAUUUUUCAAUUUAAGCAAUUGGAAAGAAGAAGCCUGAAAAAAAUCAGGGCUUCAAUGUGUGACUUCAUAGCUCAUUUGGUAGAGCAUCGCACCGGUAUCGCGGAGGUCACGGGUUCGAGUCC